AUGCCUGCCAGAACUCCAACCAGAGGAGGCCGUGGCGGUGGUAGAGGAGGAAGGGGAGAUGGCAGCGGAAGAGGAGGUUUUAGUGGUGGAAGAGGUGGUUUUGGUGACAGGGGAGGCAGCGCCAUGAAGAGAGGCGUCGGAAGAGGCGGAAGGAGAGGUAGUCGCGGCGGUGUCAGGGGUGGAAGAGCUCCAAGAGGAGCAGGAAUGAAAGGAGGAAGUAAGGUUAUAGUUGAGCCACACAGACACGACGGUGUUUUUAUUGCUAAGGGGAAAGAGGAUGCGCUCUGCACAAAAAAUAUGGUUCCUGGUGACGCUGUUUACAAUGAGAAGAGGAUCUCUGUUCAGAAUGAAGAUGGAACUAAGGUUGAAUACAGAGUAUGGAAUCCUUUCCGUUCGAAGUUGGCCGCUGCUGUUCUUGGUGGAGUUGAUAACAUUUGGAUAAAACCUGGUGCUCGUGUGCUUUACCUCGGUGCUGCUUCUGGAACCACUGUUUCUCAUGUUUCCGACAUUGUUGGCCCUGAAGGGGUAGUUUAUGCUGUUGAAUUUUCUCACAGAAGUGGAAGGGAUUUGGUGAACAUGGCUAAGAAAAGGACUAAUGUUAUUCCCAUUAUUGAGGAUGCAAGGCAUCCUGCAAAAUAUAGGAUGCUUGUUGGCAUGGUUGAUGUUAUAUUUUCUGAUGUUGCGCAACCUGACCAGGCACGGAUAUUGGCCCUGAAUGCAUCCUACUUCUUGAAAGCUGGAGGCCACUUUGUUAUAUCAAUUAAGGCGAACUGCAUUGACUCCACUGUACCCGCAGAGGCUGUAUUUGCCCAGGAAGUUAAAAAGUUGCAGCAAGAUCAGUUCAAACCUGUUGAACAGGUUACACUGGAACCUUUUGAGCGAGACCAUGCUUGUGUUGUCGGUGGCUAUCGUGUGCCUAAGAAACAAAAGCCCGCAACCUAA